GCUGAACUUCGUAAUCUAGGACCUGUUCUAGGUUUUUCUGAUGGUUGCUCGUCUCUAGCUCUAGCAAUGGCUUUGUUGCCACUUGCCGCAGAAGAUGAGCGAUAGGGAAGAGUUUCCUGAGGCCGGAGGCGAGUCUUCCGGGCGGUUUGACUUUCUGCAACGGAGGCGUGAUCUCCAGUCCAAUUGGGAGGUAGACCUAGCCAAGAACUUGGAGGAUUACCUCCUCAAGAUUUGUUCCGGCGAGGUCACUUCUGAGCCGUCGGUUAACUUUGCUGAAGCUGCCUUGUUUCUUCAAGGUUCAGUUCAGGUGUACAGCCGGAAGGUGGAAUAUUUGUAUUCGCUGGUCCUGCAAGUUUUGGAGCUCCUUUCACAGAAGAGCAGGAAAGAUCAAGAAAAAGAUUGCCCCAAACCUGUUGAUGAUGCACCGUCUGCAUCUAUUCAUGAAGAAGAUGAUGCAUUUCUGGGUUUAAACGAUGUGCCUGUGGAUGCAAAGAAUUGUCGUGAUGAUGAAAAGAUCGAGAUUUCUAACAAUUUCAUUAAGGCUCCUACAAAUUUACUUGUUCUUGAAGGGGAUUGUUUUGACACAAGUGGUGAAACUAAUGAACUAGAUUCCUACCUGUUGGCUACUAGUGAUUUUUAUGGAGAUUUUCUUCUUUUGGACCCUUGCGAUGCAGAAGGCAUCAAUAAUUUUUUGCAGAAAAAUCCUUUUGACAAAGAGAAUGCCGCAACUUACAAGAGCCCCUCAAGCCAGCCUGAAACCAAUGAAAACGUCUCCCCAGCUCCAGUUGGAAGAUCUGGGGGAUCCAUUAAAGCGAGCCUCAGGAAGAACCCGAUGUUCAAUGUAAUUGAAACACAAGAGGAUGGCCACACCUUUGAAACGGAUAGCGUGAAUGAAUUUUCCGAACCACGUUCCUAUCAAACUCACCCAAAGAAUCCAUACAAUGCGGAAAAAGCACAUUUUCGAAAUGCAGAUGCUCAGGAUGAUCCUGAUGAGGAUGAGGAUCCAUGGAAGCCUUUAAAUCCUCAUGAACCUGGGAACUUGAAAGUAAAACCAUUUAAAAAAGGUAGAAAUUUAAGAAAGCAGAUAAAUCCUGUUACUAAGAAAAAAAAUCAGUGUUCUCAAUUCCCCCUGGCGAAGAUGAAUGGUAUCAUCAGUCCAGAGCUCGGUGAAUCCAUUGAAGUGAAAAUCCGCCUAAGGAAAACACAGAAUGUUUCUCAGUCUCCUGCUCUAUAUGAAAAGCUAAGAGGUUCUCUUUCCUUUGGAGGCCAUGGAUCUUAUGAUUUCUUUGAUGGUCUUGGAGCAGAAGACCAGGAGGCUGGAACUGAGAAUGACCUAGCUGAUUUUGAUCAAGAUGACUAUGAUAUGGGCAUGGAACCACCAAGUUAUGGUGAGAAGGAAAGAGAUGAUGCGGAGAAAAAUGGAGUUGGGUUUUUUUCCCUGGAUGAUCUCGAUUGCAGUCAAAAUCUUGAAGAUCUUUGCAGAUCACAUUUGGACGGCCUUCUUGCUAUGAUAGCUGAAACUGAGAAACAGACAGAGCUUACAGCACGUGUUUCGACAUGGAAGCAGCGAAUAGAGCAAACUCUAAGAGAGCAA